AGCAAGUAUACUUCCUUCGUGCUGUUUAUAACUUGACUUCCAUAUAUGAUUUGAGAAGAUUUGAGAAAAUGGAUUAUGUAUAGUGGCUGUUGUGAGGAAUUUUACUCAUCGACUGGAUGUUGUCUUUGAUAAAAAAUAAAAGGACGUCAUUUGGAGUUAUGUUUUUAUAAACAACGCUCAAUUUGUCAAAGAGCUUGUACUGAGACACGACAACCUAUCAACUAUGGCUCCUUAACGGUUUCUUCUAUAUGAAGUUUAACGGGAUGUGUCCGGAAUGGGUUUUCAAAUGCUUUUCGGCGCUUUUUUAAUGCUUAUAUUCAAGGAACUUCAUUGUUUUGAAUGUCAUGGUAAUCCUGACGCUUACAUCGAUAGAGGAGACAGGUAUUGCCAGAAAGUCUACAACUGUCAGCCAGGUCAUGAAAUAAUUGACUGCUCCGUUAAUUGUGAGUCCGAUAGGUGCAGUAAGUGUCCGCACGGUCAGGUUCAGCCUUUCCUGAUUCAGUCCACUACACCCGAGGUAGACAGGAAAUGCUUCCCCCACAAAGGCGAUUGCGAUCAAGACUCGGUCCCUGUUCGCAAUGGUAGUUCAGUUCCCGGGUGUUCAAAGUCGAAGACUUGCCAGUGUAAUCUGUACGACUGUUACGGAGGAAACACAUGUACAUGUAAAAGGUUCCGCGGGGGAUGUCCUGUGAAUGAAUAUUUUGUAUAUGAAGGAGGCAAGGGUGGUUGCAAGAAAUGUCCACCCGGCACAAAGAAAGAGAUUGUAGGUUGCGGGCCUUGUAAAACGAUUCCCGUGACCCCAGACACCAACAUUUCUACAACCACCGCAACCACAGAAAAAUUAACCACCGCAGCCACAGAAAAAUCAUCCACAACUUCCGGUUUGUUCAUCAAUCAUAACUACUUGGCCAUUUCCGCUCGUAAAGCGGAAUCUAUUGGCUUUUCGACAUUGACCUCAGAAAUGACAACCUUGUCUAUCACAACUACAUCUACAGAAGAGAAGGAGAAUAAUUUUUGGCUCAUUAUAAUUGGAUCUGUUUCCGGAUUUCUCAUCCUUGUUCUUGUAGGAGUAAUUGUCGUCUGUUUACGAAGGAGUCGUUCACAUGGUGGCAUUCUGAAUGAAGCGGAAAAAAGGGAGGAAAAUGCAGAUGGAGCAGAAAAUGAAAUUGAAACAGUUUCAAGACCUCUUAUUGUGCCUGAAGUCAGUCUGCUGUCAGAGGCCUGUUCUACUCCGAGGUCUCCUGUCGUCUCUGAGACGGGACAGCCCGGGGUGUAUCAUCCCACCGACCCGCGGGCAUUGUGGUACAUCAGGGCUCUCCAGGGGCGAUCACUAGAGGAUGAAUCUCACACCGAUUCCUCUAUGAAUACUUCAGAAGUCGAGGACAGGGAACGUUUGAAUUCUUCUUGCAUAGAAACACCAGCGGUGGAUUCAAAGGGAAAUUCGGAAGGUGUCAACUAUAUUAUUAAUAAGUUGAACAACGAAGAUACCCAACCUAAACAGCCAGUUCAAUGUGAAGAAGAUACUCUGGGGUCCCAUACAGUCCAAAAAUACCUUUACAGUGACGUCACACACCAAAAGGAGGUUCUGUGUGAGCAAGGGUUUCACAGUCUGACCAACGAAAAAUCGCUUUGUCCCGUCAGAUGUGUGUCGGACAAAACUGACCCCAAAUAUUGCACGAAUUCAUAAAAUUUAAAACACUUGUUGUUAUUUGAUAUUUGAUGCAGUUUUCCUCUAGUGUGCAAAAUGUUCUUGGGGUGCAUGCAACAUGCACUAACAUUCCAAAAUUAGAAUCGCCAUUGUACAAUUUGUGAAGGCCGAGUAUGCAACGUGUAACGUUAGCGGUAUUCGUAUUUAUGUCUAGUCAGCUCAGUUGUGAUUUACAAGUACGUGUGUACUUACACCUGAUCUCGCUUACUAGUAUCCCAGACUGUGAGCAGUUCUCGAGAGCGAGAGUCUGGGAUAAUCGAGACUAAUUCUUGUGUAAGGAAGUAAAAGGAAAAAGCUGUUUAUGACUUGCAUAACUUUAAUGGAGAUUAAACUGUAUAAUUUUAUGUUUUCAUAUAAUGGUAUAUGCUUUCGAUAAUUUACUUGUGGAAUUGGCAUUAUGUUAUUAAAUAUAUUUUGUUUUGAU